AUGCUGCUGCCCGCCUUGCUGUGCCACUUGCCAUCUGCUGAGCGUGCGCACUUCACUCAGUUUAAGACCGCUAAGACCCUGGGUGCUCCCCCGUUCCCCUUUUGCCCUCUGUUGCCUCUGCUGCUGCUGUCAACUUUCUUGGCACUGAGUCGGUCGGCGCUGCGUCUGCCCCUAGCGGGAGGCGCCGCAACAGCAAGGGUAAGGGGGGCAAGGGAGCUGGAGGAGCUAGCGGGGGUGGUGGUGGUGGCGGUGGAGCUGGCGGGGGUGGUGGUGGGGGUGGAGGUGGGAGUGGUGGUGGAGGUGGGGGCUCUGGUGGCAGCGGUGGAGGCGGAGGCAGCGGCGGCGUCGGUGGUGGGAGUGGAGGAGGCGGCGGUGGCGGCGGUGGCGGCAGCAGCGGCGGUGGCGGUGGUGCUGGUCGGGGUGGCGGCGCGCAGCGUGGCGGCUCCGGUGGUGGCCAGCGUCAGCAGCAGCAGCGCUCUCGUGAGGUACCGCCACCCCAGCAGCUUCACCAGUGGUACACUGGGCGGCAGCGGCCUGGUGGUGCUGGUCCCUGUACGUACGUCCUCCGUACUGGUGACCGCACUGGGGAGCAGUGUGGCGGCCCGCACACCACUCAGCGCUGCUUCGGCCGUCUGA